CGCCGCCGCAGCAGCCAUCUGUCACCUUACCUCCGGCAGCAGCCACAACCGGUCGCCCCUUCACCGCUUGUCUCCUCGGCGGAGGCUGUUUCCCGUCCUGCCACCUCUCUGCUUUGUUCUUGUCGCUGCCUUUUUCCCCCCAAUGGACCUGGUCGGAGUGGCAUCACCUGAGCCCAGGCCUGGGGCGGCCUGGGGACCCAGCAAGUGUCCAUGGGCUACCCCUCAAAAUACAAUAUCAUGUUCUUUGGCUGAUGUAAUGAGUGAACAGUUGGCUAAAGAACUGCAGUUAGAAGAAGAAGCUGCUGCAUUUCCUGAAGUUUCUGUUGCUGAAGGACCGUUUAUUACUGGAGAAAACAUCGACACUUCCAGCGACCUAAUGCUGGCUCAGAUGCUACAGAUGGAAUUUGACAGAGAAUAUGAUGCACAGCUUAGGCGUGAAGAAAAAAAAUUCAAUGGAGAUAGCAAAGUUUCCAUUUCCUUUGAAAAUUAUCGAAAAGUGCAUCCUUAUGAAGACAGUGAUAGCUCUGAAGACGAGGUUGACUGGCAGGAUACUCGUGAUGAUCCCUACAUACCAGCAAAACCAGUUCCUACUCCCAAAAAGGGUUUUAUUGGAAAAGGAAAAGACAUCACCACCAAACAUGAUGAAGUAGUAUGUGGGAGAAAGAAUACGGCAAGAAUGGAAAAUUUUGCACCUGGGUUUCAGGUAGGAGAUGGAAUUGGAAUGGAUUUAAAACUAUCAAACCAUGUUUUCAAUGCUUUAAAACAACAUGCCUACUCAGAAGAACGUCGAAGUGCUCGCCUCCAUGAGAAAAAGGAGCAUUCUACUGCAGAAAAAGCAGUUGAUCCUAAGACACGUUUGCUUAUGUAUAAAAUGGUCAACUCUGGAAUGUUGGAGACAAUCACUGGCUGUAUUAGUACAGGAAAGGAAUCUGUUGUCUUUCAUGCAUAUGGAGGCAGCAUGGAGGAUGAAAAGGAAGCUAGUAAAGUUAUACCCACAGAAUGUGCCAUCAAGGUAUUUAAAACAACCCUUAACGAGUUUAAGAAUCGUGACAAAUAUAUUAAAGAUGAUUUCAGGUUUAAAGAUCGCUUCAGUAAACUAAAUCCACGUAAGAUCAUCCGCAUGUGGGCAGAAAAAGAAAUGCACAAUCUCACAAGAAUGCAGAGAGCUGGAAUUCCUUGUCCAACAGUUGUACUGCUCAAGAAACACAUUUUAGUUAUGUCUUUUAUUGGCCAUGAUCAAGUCCCAGCCCCUAAAUUAAAGGAAGUAAAACUCAGUAGUGAAGAAAUGAAAGAAGCCUACUAUCAAACUCUUCAUUUGAUGCAGCAGUUAUAUAAUGAAUGUACGCUUGUACACGCUGACCUCAGUGAGUACAACAUGCUGUGGCAUGCUGGAAAGGUGAGGAGCACAUUUUGUUAA